AAACGGUGAAGGAAAGAACAGUAAAGUUUUCGAACAAUGAGUACAAGUAAGUAUGUAUUUGCUUUUGCAAUAGUAUUUUGAUAUCUCUUUAGGGUGCGCUCAGGUUUUGAAUGGUCAAAGCAAGUAGAACUAAAGAAUAGAGCGGCUGCUGGGAUGCAGGUAGCAUACAAUGAAAUACCGAGUUUAGACAGUAGGAACAGCAGUUCAGUCCUAGAUUAUUUGCAAGUACUAUCCAAAUAUCGCAAAAAGGAAGUAGCUGUAUGAUCAUUAUUACCAUGCUUAACUCUUGCAAUGUAUAGAAUAUUUUGCUUUAUGAAGGGAUACAAUCAUCGUGAAACAAAAGGAUAUUUGUAUAGUAAUCGACAAAUUACAGACGAUUACAUGUGCCAGCUUAUGCUGGUGAAAACAUCUCCUGGAGCCCUUUGCACGCUGGCACAUAGGACAAGCACAAAAACAAGACAGAAAGCAAGGAGAUCCUUUAAAAAGAGCAAUCAAACAAACCAGGUUGAUGAUGGCAGGAGAACAGUGAUUGCGUAUGACAAUAGGACACAAAGGGCACUGGCAAAAAAAGCAAUUGUUAUCUCUGUCGAUGAAGUUCGAACAAGUAUUACUUGUUGCAAGUGUCAUAGGAAGUUGGACCAAAAGCAUGAAACACAGACACUAGUGUACAAUCACAGAAAAAAACAAUUACGUCUAGGAGGAAAAAAGAAUGCUGCACAACAAUGCUUAGACGAUGACCAUCAUGUCAUCUGUCAAACAUUACAGUGUUCAGAAAGAAGGCCAAGCAGUUUCCUACCUGCCAUUUACCAGUUGAAACAAUGCAGACUGUGUUCAGUUGGUAAUGGUCAAGAUACUGUCUGGCAAAGGGAUGUUAAUGCAGCCAUAAACAUUUGUUUAAUCCUGAUAUCAUAUAUUGAAUCAGGUUACAAAAUCUUAUCAAGGCAUCUCUCGUUGACGCGAGGAGGAACUUUUGACAGUGAGGGCGCCACCGCACAGCCACUUUGAUUGGUCCUGAGAUCCUUAUGUUAUCAUUUCGGUGGUGAUUUAAAUGUGUCCCUAUUAUGCCUUGCACUUUACU